GUGUUGUGCUCAUAAAUCUUGGUCAUGUCCUGAGUUUUGCUUUAGACGUGGUUUCCACUGCCGUUAUAAAAUCAUGUAAAACCUUCAGUCACACCACGUAGAUUCUUGGUGGUGUGUCGACAAGAAGCCAUCAGUGGGCUCUGGCCAAGGGUCCACGCCCCGUACAAGCAGUCAGACUUUGGUAUAAAAAAAAAUAGUGUAAAAGGGACAAGAGGAGUUCAUAAGAAAUGGCAACACUCUGAAAAGUGGAAGUAAAAAAAAACACAUGUUAAUCCUGAAAAUAACGUUAUUGUGCGGGGGCAGUCGUACGCAAGCGAUUCGCAGCGAGCUCUUAUGGAACGAAAAAGAAAAAACGUAUGAAAAUUAAAACGAUAACAAUGAAAUUAAUUUUGUGCAAAUAUAUAAAACGUGCGUUAAAUCACUCAGAUUUACUGUAGUUAAAUAAAAAUGCUAGUCGCAUUUGCAGUAUGUCAACUUAAUUUUAUGAAUAAGUUCUUCAGUUUGAUCAAAAAAAAAAAAAAAAGAAGAGGGCGAGAGACCCGCGCUACCGGGAGCGAAAAAAUUCAGUUAGUCUGACUGCUCGCUCGCAUGGUAAUCUAGUUAUUGCAACAUCUGCCUUUGUUUUUUGUUUGUCUUUUACUUUGCAUUUCUUGUUUUCAAAUAGGAAUUUUUUAGCAUACCCACUGCCACCCGAUUCUUGGCCUAUCCCCCUUAGUGGGUGCGAGCCAUGACAGAAGUUCAUCAUCAUCAACGAAGUAGAGUGCGUUCGUUUGGCGGGGCGCGCGCGGCUGGUGUUCGCAGUGCUUCGAAGGCACCGUUGCUCUUCGCGGAACGAUGCAGGGAUCCCCGGCCAACGACAAGCCCUGGGACCCGCUGGUGGAGGAGUCAGCGGUACCAUCGCUGCAAUGCCUCAAACGGAUCAGAAAGGAACUGGCGCACUUCUACGCCGACCCUCCGGCUAGGGUGUUCAUCUCAGCCGAUGAGGAAGACUUGACCAAGGUUCACGCACUCAUCGUGGGCUCCCCUGGAACGCCCUACGUGGGCGGCUUCUUCUAUUUCCUCAUCAGGUUCCCAGCAGACUACCCCAUGAGUCCACCGCGUGUGCGCCUUAUGACCACUGACGACGGCCGCGUGCGCUUCAACGUGAACCUCUACGCGAACGGCAAGGUCUGCAUGAGCACCCUCGGAACGGCGUCUGGGUCAUGUUGGGUCCCCACUGACUAUCUGUCAAACGUGCUAGUAUCCGUGCAGUCACUGAUGGGCGCCCAUCCUUACUUCAGCGGAUGCAAGUUUGAAGAGCGACGGGGCGAUCCUUUAAUCUACAACAUGUUCAUUGAGCAUGAGACAAUCAGGGUGGCUGUGUGCGACCAAGUGGAAGCCGCCCUCAAUGGCAGCUCUCGCUGCCCUCUCGCUCUCAGAGAGCAGAUCUUUAAGACAUUCUUAGAGCUGUACAGUACGUACGAAAGAGCAGCGAAGCUGAAGUAUCACAUUACGGGCUUCGUAAUGAGAGACGCGUACACUCCUUCGAGGGUAGGCGUAUUCAUUUACCAAGAGCUAAUCUUGCGUAUGCACCGUCUGAAGGAGAAAGUCGAGCUCAGGAACAGCGUGAUUACUGCCAUCGCGACUGCGGUCGCCGCUGCCCGAGCCCAGGCCGCUGCUCAGGAGCACGAGACCGCCGAUACAGCCGAAGCCAGUCCCAAGAAGCCGAAGCGUUCCCAUUUCGGGGACUUCUGAUGCGGCGAAGUUCGCUUCCCAGCAGGCUGCGGCAAGACACCAAAGUAUUCGGCAAAGAGUAAGGCCGUGUAUGCCCUGCAGCG